GACAGCCGAAGCACAACUUUUCCCGAGGCAAAGUGAAAUUAAGCCGCGGACUCGGACAAAAUAUAGUCCACGUUUUUAAACUAAAUUUAUCGAAAAAACGUCGAGCUUCUCCCGCGUCGGACCUCUCGACGUUCGCUUGUCAUCUGGAGAGGAUCUGUCCGGGGCCUGACGUCUUUUUGUCGGCUUCGGACCACUUUUUAAGACGGGCGGAAAGUCGGUGAUGAGUCCCAGGCUGUAAAAAGAAGCGAGAACUUGCUUUCCCUGUCGAGUACUUCUUCUUUCGAUUGUUAUUGUCGCUUCAAAAACCUCCAAUUCACUUAAAGUUCGUCUCGUUCGUGUCGAAAGUGUGAGCAAAGUGCUUUUGUCGACGGAACAUGGAAGUACAAGGCCUGCAAGAGGCGCUGAAAGUAGAGAUCCAAUGUCAUCAGAACCAGAUGCUGUGCAAAGGCCUCAAUGAGCUUCAGAAUGGGCAGCUGGCUGUCAGAACUUGUCCCGUAGGGACUACCAAGCCGCUGUCUCUCAUCAAGCCCCCCAGCCAGGGCAUCGCAAUCUCUGUGGUUCCGGCCAAGACUCCCGUUUCCAUGGUGACGCCACACAUUAACGGACAGAAGGUGGCGAGCUCGGAGUUGCUGCAGACGUCGCCCAUCAACCUCCAGACGGGCGGCAGGGUGGUGGCGGCCGGAGUCCACCCAGUGAGCAGCAGGAGGCUUGGAGAGAUUCCUCCCUCUCAGAUGUUCACUGCUGUUCCCAUCAAGGUGCCUCAAAUCAGCUCUCUGCAUCGACUGGCCGGGCACGCUGCCACCGUGCUACCUCAGGUCAGGCCAAAGACCCAGAUUCCCAACAGCCUUCCCCACAGUCCUUGCCAGGAGCCCCCCCAGUUUGUCAGCCAGCCAAGGACCACCUCUGUGCCCAGUCCCAAGAACCUGGGCCCCACCUUGCCCACCCCGAACUGCACGCUCAGUCCUGACCACCACACAAAUGGCCAGAACGACGCCGCGUCUCCGCUUAUGGCUGCGCCCCUUAGCCUACCGAGCAACGCCAAUUCCAGCAGCCCCUCCCAGCACGCAUCAGCGGGACCCGGUGUGGCCUACGCCAUCAUCGCAGCCUCUCCCACCACGGCGAACGGCGUGUCGGCGGUCAGCGAGGCUGUCAAAGUGAUCAUCAUCCAGCCUCAAGCCCCCAGCUGCAGUGAGGGCUCCCAGCCCUCCACACUCCCAUCCCAAGAAGCCCCCUCUGCUCCCAGCUCCACGCCUCACAAGGAGGAAGAGGAUGCAGAGAAAAUCUCCUUCAUGGUCUCCCUGGGCCUCGUCACCAACGAGCACCUGGAAGAGAUCCAGAUGAAGAGACAGGAGAGGAAGAGGCGGAGCACAGCCAACCCUGCCUACAGCGGCCUCUUUGAACCAGAGCGCAAACGUCUGACGUCCCAUUACCUGAGCAGCUCGCUCUUCCUGUCAGCACGAGACUCUGAGGAAUUCUGCUGGAAGGAUGAUGUGGAGCAUGACGAGCACUGUGCCGUGUGCAAAGAGGACGGCGAGCUGCAGCCGUGUCACAACUGCCCCCGAGCUUUCCAUCCCGACUGCCUCCAGCCGCCCCUCAAGACGCCCCCAAGGGGCCCCUGGUACUGCCCUAAGUGCCAGAAGAAGGUACUGAAUAAGGAGAACAUGUCGUGGCCUCACAACUUUGUGCAGUCUUACGUCACACAUAAGACAGUGCGACAAGAGGAGAAGCGGCGUCUGCUGAGACGAAACAACGAACUGAAGAAGGAGUGCGCUCAUCUAGAGGAAGAGGACAAGAAGCUCAACAAGACGCUCAAACGCUGCGUGGAGCUGCGAGACGGACUGGCGGCGCAGCAGCGAGACACGCAGGCGUCGCUGGAGCGCCUCAAAGCGCUCAUCAAGCUCAUCCAAGUCACCAUGACGACCACCGCCACCGUCGCCGCCUCGCUUCUCUCGCCGUCCUGGAUCAAAAGCGGGCCCUCGACCACACCCCUCCAGACCCAACGUGGCAAGGAUGACGUCACCAACUAGCCCCCCCACAGCGCUUAAUCUUUUUUUUUUUUUUUUUCUCUGAUGUGGAACAAAAGAAGCGAGAAGUAUUUCUAAACACCUCCAGUGCUUACGAGAUUUAAUUUGUUCUUUUUUUAUUCAUGUUGUUGGCCUUAACGUAUUUCCUGUCCCACAUGCUCGAGUCGCCCAGCCACGCUCCUAGUGGCGCGGCGUGUACGGGCACGUGCUAUUGACUUUUGCCAAAAGAAUUCAGGACACGGUUGUUUAUUUUUUUUGUUUCUCUUCAGUAUUAAUAGAGCUAAAGAAGAAAGUAUUUAAGAGAAAAGUACACUAAUUAGCAUUUUAGUAUUUUCAUUGAUGCCUGAGAUCAUUGUACAUACGUCUUCAUCGUUUUCAUCAUCAUCAUCAUCAUCAUCAAUGCGGUGCACACCGUGACUUUGAGCAGCUUUGGUCACAUGAAGCGUGUGUGAGCAGAACGUGGUGAGUUUGUGCAUCUUUAGAUCAAACAUAAGAAUCACUCUUAUAUGCCAAAAAAGUCCACAGGAAGUCGUCAUAUCAACAAACAUCAACACUGCCUCUUUUCUACACGCCACCAGGAGGCGCCACAAUAACACGCAAGCGUGACGCGCUCGUCUUCCUGCUUGCUGACGAUCAAAUUGCCUUCAUUUUGUCAUGUGACCUCUGACCGGGCACGCUCACACUCCACGCAUAGCAGCGCUCCCUAUAGCAAGCAAGUGUUCAUGACCUCCUAAGACAUAUCCACACUCACACACUUAACGUUCCUGCGUCCUGGUCGGGUGUGGAAUCUUCUCCGGGAGAAACUGUGCAGCGAUGAAACAGAUCUAUUUUACUAGAGCACACCUUUGAACAAAGAACACUAAAAGUUGUUUUCUAUUCUUUUACGGAGCAGCAAAAACAAUACAUGUGUCCGAGGCCACCAGGAGGCGCUGACGAGGCGAGCUCCAACUUUUAGUUGUGGUUGGUUUUGUCUUAAAUAUGCCAAUGUAGUAGUUGACUUUUUUCUACCAACUUCUUACAAAAAGAUUCAUGAAUAAACAUUUCAACAACA